AUUGUUCUCUUUCCUCCUUUCGGCCCGUCCAGCGCCGUCCCAACGACCAAAUACAAAAACCAACCAUCUGCUUGGCCAUGAGAAAUGGGAGUCGAGCUCUAUCUUGAGAGCAUGCCGUGGGAAUCCCAUCUGCUUGGCACUUGAAAUCUUUUGGCACCGAGAAGAUCCAGACUUACACCGUUGCAAUCAGCAUUAGAGGGGGAAGGAAGGCAAAAGACACAUGGCAAUCAGUGGAGAGGAACUCAUAGUGCAUAGCAAAAAGGUUAUGGUAUUGUUUGUCAGAACUAGCUAUACAUCAUCUCGUGCUCAUCCUCUGGUUUUCAGUUUGGUGCUUUGCAUUCCUAUGCUGUAUAGCUCUUUUCCUAGGCUAUUUGGUUUUCUGGUUUCUGUUUCUCCUGUUAUCGUCUGCACAGCACUUCUUCUUGGACUCCUCCUAAGUUAUGGUGCACCAAAUAUACCCGAAACUGAAGAAGAUGACAAAGGGACUCGGGAAGUUUCUUCCUUGAAAAUUGAGGCUACUGCUACGGAUCUUGCUGUCAAGAAGACUGAGAGAUUUUUGGUUGAGAACCAAGUGGGAAAUAGAACAGAGAUACAGGAAAUAGGAGAAAGAGAGGCAUUAUCGAGUCAAAGAGAUGAUAGCACCCAUAAUAAGUCAGAGGGGAACAUACGUACUACAUCGACACGAUCUGAGGGAGAUGAGAAAGCUGAUAUUGUUCUAACUGCAGGAUUAAUGGGCAAGUAUGAAAAGCUUGAGACUCAAGAUGAGGAUAAAUUGAUUCAAAAUAGAGAACUUCCACGUCCGGAGAUAUUGGAAAGCAAAGGAAUAUCUGUAGAAAAGCCAGCUGAAGUAAAAGAAGAGAGUAAGGAAGUUGGCGCGUCUUUUUCAACUGAUCCAUUAAAGGGUCACAUAUUGGCUAUUGCAGAAGCUCCUUUGGAUGACCAAUUUGAUUCAACUCUAGGCUCCCCUUGGCUGCAUAUAGAUCGACAUGAUACUUCAUUUGAUUCUGUAUCAGACCAUACAGAAAGUUCUUCUCCCAGUGCUUCUAUGAUUGAUACCACUCCAAUGCUUGAUGAGCUUCACCCACUUUUAGGAUCUGAACAUCCUCAGUGUGCUUCUAUAUCCAAGGAUGACUCAAAUGUUGCUUCGCGAGAGUUAUUACUGGGUCAUGGAUCAGAUGAUGAUGGCAAUGAGAAUAAAGCUAAAAAUCAUGAGAAUGAAAAGGAUAAAGAAGCAUAUGAGGAGAAAGAUGAUGUAACUAUUGCUGCUGUGGAAUGGACAAAAGAUUAUCAAAAGAACGUCACGGAUCUUGGUUCAUUUGAGUUAGAAAGGAGUCAACGAUUGGAGAGUUUAAUCUUAAAGAGGAGGGCAAGAAAGAACGUAAGAUUUCUGACAGGGAAUAAUCCAAAAGGCGUCGACUAUUUAACGAGCAUGGAUAAAGUCUCACACUUUCAUUUCCAUGUACCACACAUUUCUGCAACAAGACAUAAUCCCUUCCGAUCCCCUGAUGAUUCAGAAGUUUCAAUGGGCUUACCACCGAUUCCCAGUUCAGCCCCUUCUUGUCUGGCAGACAGAGGAAACCCCUUUGACUAUCUGUAUGAUUUGGCAGAUGAACAUAGCAGCCACAUAGAUGAGAAUUGGGAGCAGAAGGAAUUUAUGUCAAGUCCAAAUUGUGAGAUGUUUAGAAGUAUCAGAAGCUUCAAUGUGGAAGGCAUGGAACUUGAGCAAGAAAGGCAUUGUUCGAGGUUUGAUCCCAAUUUUGAGGCAGAGAGGAUGGAUCCAGAGGAGGAAAGUUCUUUUCAGAGAAAAUUCAGUAACAGUGGUGACUUGAAGGUUAGUUCUACUCCUGCAUCUGUCGCAACUGUUGAAUAUGAUGCUAAAAGGAAAGUUGAAUCAAUUGAUGUGGAGGAAGAGAUGAAUGAUCUUGUUACUAAUGAUCAUGGAAUUGUUUUAGACACCAAAUUUGUCAUUGAAGAAACCUGUCAAGAUAAUGAUUUUGGAUCGGUGGAAGAACAUACCAGAGAAGAAAUAGAAAUAGAUGCACCCAUCUCAGAUGGUGAGGGAUUAAAAGUAAUUGAAGAAAAUCAUGACAAAGCAACUUAUUCAUUUUCAUCGGGGGCAGAUGGGGUGAUUUCCAAAAGUACCUUCCAUGAAGAAUUGGCUAAGUUGGAGCAAACAAGGGAACACUCGGAAAUAUUUUUUUCAAAUUCUAAUCUUUUCGGUAUGGAUGAUAAAGCUGAUGACUAUCAAUUUCUGUAUCCCAUCUCUGAUUCUAGCACAUUGGCAACAGAAGAAGCUAUGUCUCGAAUUUCAACAAGUAAUGGAGGUCUGCUUGAUGCAGAUAAUGAAGCUUCUAGUGCUAGUUCAUCUUGGAUGCAAACAGAAGUUCUGGGAGUGGAAUCAUCUCAAGUAGUACCUGAUUUAGCUGAUGUUAAAUCCUUCAUAAAUCUUUUAUCUAUCAAAGGAAGCACAGUAGAAAAAUUUCUGUCACAUGAUGAAGGGCUUUUGAUGACUCCUCAAGGUAUAGUUUUUACAGAAGUAAAUGAAACACGAUUAAAGAAAAGUAAUAAGGCUGGACAGCAUGAUAUUAUUGAAAAUGAACUUUCACCAGUCCAAGGGGAUUCUGGUCACUUGUUUUCACCUGUGUUUCCAGAACCACCGCAUCUUGAUAUUGUGAAUGAUUUGUCUUCUUUUCAUGAUUUAUCUUCCUUGGUGACUGAAUCAAGUGAGAGUGCUACCGUUGAUAUGAUUUCAAGCACUUCAAAAGAAGGAAGCAUGAUCGUUGAUGCUUUAACAUCUUCUUUUUCGGAGGUUUCACACUUUUCUGGUGAUUUGGUUUUGUCCAAAUUUGAGAAGGAACUGCUAGUAAGAGAUAAACCUCAAAUACAGUCCCAGUCAUCUACCGAUGAUUUUGGAAAACCUCAUACCAGCAUUUUGGACUUGUACCCGAUCCCUGAGGGGAAUCUAGAAGAUCUUGAACCUGCUGAAGAGGAAGUAAGCUCCCCAAAUCCUAAUGAAGUUAUUUGUUUAUCUGGGUUGCAGAUAACUGAAGAGCCUUAUAUGAAUAUACUUGACAUCAAACAAUUCCCUUCCACUGAUGAAGCUAGUCAUAGUCUUAGUAGGGAUUUUCUUAUUCAUGACCUAGAAUUACAUAGUCCUUCGGUCCUUAUUACUGAUGUUUCUAGUCAUCAUGGUGCAACGACCGAGUUCCAGUUGGUUGAACUAACAGAAAGCAUGGACUUCCCAGUGCUUCCUACGAUGGAGUCUGUGUUUGAGGUGAAGUUCAGUCGAGAUUCAGCUGAGUCAAGAGAUGUAAUCCAGAAUGCAGUCUGGGGUGGGAAAAAAGUUCUUGAUAAAUUAGAAAGCUCUGAUGAGAACCAUCCAGAGGUCCUGGAAGCAACAGAUAUAGAUGAAAGCCUGCUUUCAGAGUUGGAUAAAGUUGGGGACUUCCAUGCCGAAGAAAGUACACCUGAUCAACUGGGAUUUGAAUUGAUGAUGUCGAGUGAUGUUUCAUCCGAUUGUGUAAGUACCGAUCCUUCAAGUUGUGGUUUGCAUGUCUGUCCACGUGAGCCUGAAGUUUCUAUAGGUAAAUCUAGUGUGCUUGCCAAUAUGUCACAAAGUAUAUCCUCUAGUGCUGACCUUGGUCGAACUGAAGAGUUGCAUUCAGUGGUAAACAAUUUAAAAGACAUGGAAUCUGAAGUUGGGACUUCAUCAUUUUGGUCAUCUAAUGAGGACCUUGAGGGGACUGUUUACAAUCCUAUGCUACAAAUCCUUGCAUCAAGCUCUAUUCAAGAAAUGGUAUCAGUGAUGAAUAGACCUCAUGAAGAAGAUGUGAUGUUAUCUCUGCUAGACUCCAGAUUUGACAAGUCAUUGGCAACAGAUUCUGUGCUUGAGCCAGGUACUAUAGUCAUUUCUCAAGGGGAUCAUGAGCAAAGAGUGACUGAUACUGAUCUUCUUGUUCUUGAAGCAAAAUCUGUUGAAGACAUCCACUCGGCAACCCAACAAAUUACCGAAGAGCAUGUAUUUAAACCUAUGAUUCCUGAAGUUAUACCUUCCGAAAAGGAGCCGAAGAAGAUACAGUCAGACUUCCUUGUUCUUGGAGCAAAAUCUCUUGAGGACAUAGAAGAAACAGUUGAGCAUCUGAAAGCUGAGGUCCUCGGAGUGCGGCCUGGUGAUGACAUUCGGGAGUCUUGCAAUAGAGUGGAACGAAAUGAACUUAAAUUAGAGGUUGGAACAGUGCCAGAAGAUUUUGGCUCCAACUCUUGGACCUCAAUGAAGAAUCAGAAAAUCCAAAAGUAAGCCUGACUAUAGCUCAAUUUCAAGUUAAAGUUCAGAUAAUGACUUGUGGUUUUCCUUUUCUUUGGUUAUCGGGUUCAUUCGGGUAGUAUGGUUUAAAUCAAACUGGCUUUUUUCUUUUCCUGGGAAGUGAUUUCUUCUACAUGGUGAUUCUUCUCAAAUGAGUUCUUGAUGUUUUCGAUUUGCUUGUCGAUACUUUAUUGGCUUUUUCUUUAAACAAUGUAUAUCAUUUUUCAGUUUGCAGUCAGUCGAAGAGAUUGUAAUUAGUUUCUAUCGCUAAGUGAAUCUUACUGUGUAAUGGCAUUGAGAGGAUGAUGAGUGAAGAAUGCAUUUGUUGUUGACA